ACGCGACGUCUAUAAAUACCGUGGUGGAGAGGGGUCGUCCAUUACCGUUUGAGCUCAGUCUGUAGAGAGGAGUACCACGUCUUACUGCUGCACUUUAUCAUUUCAUUCCAGAAUUCUGGUCUAAUGGACACACUCUUUGUAAAUGCUUUUUAAGAUAAACCACUUCAGGAAAGUACACACUGGCUACUCUGCAGGCCGCGGCCUCGAGUCUUAUCUGAAAGGAUUCAACUUUACCGGCGAGCCUCCCUGGCUACCCUUAACCUGAUUAAAGCCUCAACGGAUUAAAUCUCCUUAGUAUCCAAGGUGUUUUUGUGACUCCUUUUAUCCCCCCUGUGACGAUGAAAACUCUCUGUCCGGCCGAGUUCAACCUGUCCUUUUUGGAGGAAGGCUUUACCGCCCGAGACAGCGUUGACCAGACGAUCAUCGAGUCCUCCACCGGUGACGACCGUGAUGCCUUCUACGUGUGUGACCUGGGUGACGUGGUGAAGAAGCACCUGCGCUGGGCACGGGCUCUUCCACGGGUCACUCCGUUCUAUGCCGUCAAAUGCAACAACAGCAUUUCUGUGGUGCGAACCCUGGCCUCCCUGGGCUGUGGCUUUGACUGCGCCAGCAAGGCGGAGAUUCAACAAAUCGAGUCAUUGGGUGUGGCGCCGAGCAGAAUCAUCUACGCCAACCCUUGCAAGCAGGCUUCCCAGAUCAAGUAUGCCUCUGCCCACGGCGUCCAGAAGAUGACCUUUGAUAGCGAAGUGGAACUCCUGAAGGUGGCACGCUGCCAUGAAAACGCAAAGCUGGUGCUGCGUAUCGCCACAGACGACUCCAACUCGGUGUGUCCCCUGAGUGUGAAGUUUGGGGCCACCCUCAAGGGCUGCCGGGGUCUGCUGCAGCGGGCCAAGGAGCUCAGCCUGGACGUCAUAGGGGUCAGCUUCCACGUGGGCAGCAUGUGCAGGGACCCCGCGACGUACACCCAGGCCAUCUCCGACGCCCGCUGUGUGUUCGAUAUGGCCGAGGAGUUUGGCUACAAGAUGAGUCUGCUGGACAUUGGUGGAGGGUUCCCCGGCUCUGAGGAUGUCAAACUCAAAUUUGAAGAGAUCACAGCAAUUAUCAACCCAGCCCUGGAUAAGUAUUUCCCUGCUGAUGGAGGAGUCCGGAUCAUCGCUGAGCCGGGUCGCUACUACGUUGCGUCUGCCUACACGCUGGCGGUCAACAUCAUAGCCAAGAAGGUCAUCGUGAAGGAGCAGUCUCCCUCAAAUGAAGAAGAGGACGAGGAGACCAACGAAAAGACAAUGAUGUACUAUGUCAAUGACGGAGUGUAUGGUUCCUUCAACUGUAUCCUCUACGACCAUGCUGAAUGCCUCCCGAUUUUGCACACGAAGCCAAAGCCAGAUGAGGCCAUGUACACGUGCAGCAUCUGGGGGCCGACCUGCGACGGCCUGGACCGCAUCGCCGAGUACUGCAGCCUGCCUGACCUGCAGAUGGGAGACUGGCUGCUGUUUGAGAACAUGGGGGCCUACACAGUGGCCGCCUCCUCUAACUUCAACGGCUUUGCAACUCCAGACAUCCACUAUGUCAUGUCCCGCCCUGCCUGGAAGUGCAUGCAGCAGAUCAACACCCAGGGCAUGCCCGCCCCUGUGGAGGAGGCCGGCCCAGCCUGCGUCGCAGCCAGCUGUGGCAGCGAGAGCGCGGUGGAGCUGCCCGCUAAGCUCCACCAGAACCUCCUGGCCUAACCAGCGGUCCCAAUACCUCAGCGUCCUGUGCCGUGUUCCAAUAUCCAUACUAUCCGUACUAACUAGCUUUCGUUUGAGUACGUAGGGCGUAACAAAUCAGAUCGGGUGAAAAUAAGUGUACUGAAAGGACCCGGAUGGUGUACUCAAAACGCACUUUCCACAUAGCCUGCAUUAAUCAUUUUGUAGUUUUUAUAGCUGCUAGGCGUUAAGAGUUCACCAUUCAAAGCGGGAUGUUUAUUGCGGGGGAGGAGCCGUGGCGGAAAUCGUGAUCGUAAUUUCCGGUUGGUGCACCACAGAGUAUUCGAUUCGGUACAACACUGACAUCUAAAAAAUUAGCGCACUUAGUGAGUACGGAUAGUGUACUACGUUGAAGUGUACUCAUGGAAGCAUGGAUAUUGGGACACGGCAAUGGUGUUCUUCUUUACUACGUGUACGUUCAUUGAAAGGCCAGUAAGAUGCAAGGGUGGGAGGGAGUGCUUAGGUGGACCUGUUGGUGCACUCGGUUCUGUAUGGAAGGUGGGGAGCAGCCCUAGUCCCCUAUGUAGUGUGGACUUAAGUUCUUGAGUAACGUAGCAUUCCAACAAGGUUUCUGCUAAGCGGAAUUUGAGGGAAGAGGUCUUUGUAGUCCCAGCUCUGGGGCUCACAAAAUAUCACUGUGCCGCCCAUGCCGUUACAGAUCAACUACUUGUGACAUCGUAAUUGGAUGUUAUGUCUGUAUGUUUGGGGGAUCUUAUGCGUCAAACUUUGGAUCCUGUUCAUCUGAGAACCCUCCAUUCCAUUAAGAGGGGGUCUUCUUUCAUAUCAAGAACUGCUGCUACAUGAUCGUUUUCCAAGAGGUCUUCACUUCUGUCCAGAACUGAUUAAAUAUAAAAUAUAGGGACUCAAAUGGCAUACUUUCUUUCUGUUAUUUUUAAUGAUAUUUUUUUUUUUCAACCGUAGUGAUCAUGUUAUAGCCAAAUGAUUAACAAUACAUUUUUAAAUGGAUCAAUGGAGAUGGGAUUGCAUUUAUAUCGCUUUCCUAUGGAAAUUUGAGAAUUUUGUAUUUCUUUCUAAUAAAUGAAAAAACGGCA